AUGGCGAUCCUACGGUGUUUUCGAGACGACUAUAUUGACUACCGCAAACACAUCGACCGACAUAUACCGCUUCGCAACCGCCAGGGUAUCUAUACAUGCCCGUUCCGUGACGCCGAAGCAGAAGGAGCUCCGCACUGGCAGCCUUCUCGCUUCCUGACCAUCGUGAUCGCUUCAGCUACGGUUGAGGCAAGAUAUGCGCAGUAUUGCCUCCACAUACUGCCGACCAUGGACUGCGGUCUCGUGGCUACCAGCCUUCGCCGUUGCUAA